AUGAUCCCUGAUCGAAUCAAGCAAUUGAUGAACAAAGGCGACAAAGUGGCGCUGAAACCGAUGCCUUUGCCGGAUCACAGGAGUUUGACCGAUUCGAGCAGUGUUUCUAGUGAAACGUCACAGGAUGGAGGAAGUGAGGCACUCGCCAUCUACAGCUCACCGGUCAACAAUCCUAAAUACACGUAUUUGAACUUUCGAAAGGGUGAUCGAUUGAGGGUGAUCGCUGAGACAUGGUUUCACAAUCAUCUUCAACGUGAGAGCUCGGUCAGCACAUUGCGACGCGACAACAAACUCUCGAAGGGCGCGUUUUUGGUGAGACCGUCGGCGCUUGAAGGUUUUGCCCUGGAUGUGAAAAUCAGCCCGAUCGGCGUGCGCAACUUCAAAAUCGACACCGAUGGCCAGAAUUUCUUCAUCGAACCCGAGCUACAUUUCCCUUCGGUGCAAGAGCUGAUCAAGUACUAUCAACAAAAUAAGUCGCGAGUGAUGAAUACAAGGCUGACGAAUUGGGUGGUGCGCAGGAAUCCGCCCACGCAUCAGCCACACAAAUUCGAUUUCUGGGAGAUCGAUCGUCAAGAGAUCGCGAUCCGAAAAGUCAUUGGAAGGGGGAACUUUGGAACGGUUUCGUUCGGAAUGUACAGUAAAUUGCCGGUGGCCAUCAAAGAACUCACCGAGAAAAGCGGGCUCAGCGAUGGAGCGUUGAAAGAAGAGUUUGACAAAGAAGCCAAAAUUCUCAAAUCGGUCCAUCACGAGAAUAUCGUUCAACUCUAUGGGGUCUCCAGUCUCGAAGCUCCCUUCUAUAUUGUGACUGAGUACAUGAGUGGAGGAUCACUGCUUGAGUACAUGAAAGGAAAGAAAAGCCCGGACGGUCUCCCACCCAGCAUCUCGCCCAGACAAUCGCUUGAUAUUUUGACUCAGGUAGCCUCCGGGAUGAGUUAUCUCGAAUCGGAAACUAUCAUUCAUCGGGAUCUUGCCGCGAGAAACAUCCUUGUUGAGAUCGAAGCCUGCGGAAAGCUCAUCGUGAAGCUAAGCGACUUCGGACUGACUCGUCAGUUAGACGACGAGCUUUACUAUAUCAAUCACAAGUUCCCAAUUCGUUGGAGUCCACCGGAGGUACUUGAGUCGGGAAAGUUCAAUGAUCGCUCGGAUGUUUGGUCGUUCGGGGUGGUGAUCUUCGAGCUUUACACGAGAGGAGAGACACCAUAUAAAGAAUUGGGAAAUGCCCUCCAGCCCGCUCUUUUGUUCAACCAUUUGAAAGCUGGGAAUAAGCUCCGAAAACCGAGUCGAUGUCCACAAAUCAUUCAUGAUAAGGUGACCAGUCCGUGUUUCCAAUUCGCGCACCACGAUCGUCCCGAGUUUCGCGUCUUGUUUAGAACGUUGAAGGAGAUUCCAAUGGCUGAGAUCGAGUCUUGUCGAGAGCAACAACCACCGCGGAAAAAUAGAUUC